AUGGAUAUCGACGCCGCAGAGACCAAGGUGCAGAUUCGCCUUACGACGCGCGAUGCUGCUCUGCAGAUUUCGGAGGAGCCGAACAUCCUCUUGGUUCAAACAUCUUUGACUCGACACAAGCUUUCCACACUUGUGAACGAACUUCUGCACCGCGAUGACGGCAGUCGCAUACCCUUUGACAUCCUGAUAAACGGCGAAUUUCUCCGAACCACAAUCGACGAAUUCCUUACCAAGAAUGGUAUCAAUGCCGAAUCGACGCUGGACGUUGAAUACACGAGGGCUUUGGUGCCACCGCUAAACGUCACGAGCUUCGAACACGACGACUGGGUUUCGGCCGUGGAUGUUUUGUCAGGAGUGCAAAGUGGGCAAGAAAGGAUAUUGAGCGCAAGUUAUGACGGACUGUUAAGAGUUUGGAAUACCUCGGGCGAUGUUUUGGCGACUUCAGAGGCUCCCAACAACGGUGGUCGAAUUACAAGCUUGAAGACGGCUAAAUGGUUGUCGGAGAAGAAGAUGGUAGCUGCGGGGCUGGACAAUACCGUGCGUGUCUACAAGUACGACGAUGAUGCGAGGACUAUCACCACAGCUCUCGAGCUGUUCAACCACCGCUGGGGUGUAGAAGACGUCGCAGUCCAUGCGCCUUCGAGUCGCAUUCUCUCCGCCUCCUCGGAUACCACUAUCUCGCUGUUCUCGAGCAACGCAAAGGAGAACCCCGUCGCGCCGGCGAAUUUCCUGCCCAGUUCAACGGCUGCGUCGAACAAGCGACAGAAGCUUUCAAAGCCCGAUCGCACGGUCCCCGCUCGCGGAGCGCUGGCCACAUUCAGCGGCCACACUUCGCCGGUAUCUAGCGUCAUUUUCAAACCAGAUGAUGCUACAGUCGCAUACUCGGCAUCUCACGACCACACACUCAAAACCUGGGAUCUGCCUACCCAAUCGUGCGUAGACACCCGAACGACCGGUCACUCGCUUCUCUCCCUAUGCGCCAUCCCCUCCCGAAAUCUGCUUGCAACCGGUACCUCAGCACGACACAUCACAUUGGUCGAUCCCCGCGCCUCUGCCACGCAAAUCAGUGUCAUGACACUACGAGGCCACAAGAACGGUGUUGUUUCUUUGGAUACGGAUCCAUCUUCCGAGUACAACCUGGCAUCUGCUUCGCAUGACGGAACCGUUCAGAUUUGGGAUCUCAGGAACGUCAGCACGGGCGGACAGGUUGGAGAAGGAAUGACUGGUGAGAGUGUGUACACGAUCUACAGGCAAGGACGCGAAAGUGCCAAGAGUCAUGGCGAGGGCGCGAAGGUCUUCAGCGUAAGAUGGGAUAGUGCAGUGGGCAUUGUCUCGGGUGGUGAAGAUAAGAGGGUGCAGAUUAACCGCGCUCUCGGCUCGUAA